AUGCGUUUUUCACCAAUCCCCCUCCUCGCUGUGCUGGCAGCAACACCCAUCUUAGCCGAAGAGCUCGCGCCGCGAUAUGAUGCCUGUCCUCCUGUCUGGAAAGACGUUGUAAAUUAUCUCAAGCCCAAAUUCAGCGGUUGCUCUAGAUCCGCCCACAAAAUAAUUCGCGCAGCGUUUCAUGAUUGCAUCAACAAUGGGUGUGACGGCAGCUUAGCCCUCAGUGAUGAGCGCACCCAUCCUGAGAACCAGGGUCUUCAGGAGACUUGCGAACUGGUUGUGGAUUUGAAGAAGCGAUUCAGCGUCAGUGCGGCCGAUGCCAUUCAGUUCGGCGCUGCCCUGGCCAUUGCCUCGUGCCCGCUUGGCCCCAGGGUUAGGGCCUUGGUUGGAAGACACGACCACUCGCAGCCAGCGGAACGCUUUAGUGUGCCUUCGAGCAGAGACUCGGUCAACAAGAUCUUGGUUGCCUUCGAUAAACACGGCCUUUCACCCAGGGAUGUCGUAGCGCUCCUAGGAAUCCACAGCGCUGCUUUUCAGGAGUUCGACAUCCCAUCCCUAGGAGUCGUCGCACUGGAUUCUACGCCCUAUAUUGACGACAUGAGGUAUUACCAGGAGACGAUUGCCGGAACUGCACCCCACAGUCUCCAGAGCGACCGUCUUAUGACAAAAGCUCCUCAGACUAAAGACGCGUUCGCGGAGUUCGCCAGUGACGCCUACGCAUGGAAUAAAGCGUUUGUUGAAGCUUUUGGCCGCCUGUCUACGAUCGGUAACGAGCAUGUCAAAUUCACUGACUGCUCCCAUUUGAUCCCCAACAGCCCCCCUGUCCCCAGGAAGAGGCAGAUCCAGAACUUGAAGUUUACCCAGAAGUUGGCCGAGAAGUUUGGCGUCUAA